UGUUAGCGGGUCUAAUCGCAACUCUGCUCUCCCUAUCUUUCCGCAGUCGCCAAUGAGCGUGCACGCUACGGCCCUGAUGCUCGGGAGACGUCAUCGGCCACAUACACCGACCCGGGAGAGGCAGGCAAAAGAAGUUGAAGCUGGAUAAAAACAAACUCUGAUUUAAAAAUAUUUUUUUUUAUCUAAUUCUAAAUUAGUUUAGAGAGAAAUGAACGGCGACUGCCAAAUAUGAUUUCAUUUUCGGGAUUGAGAAGUUAAACCAGUGAACUGACUGACAGGCUUCAGGCGUUGAUAAGCUGAGGUGACACUGCUGCUGGACUCUUUUGAACUCGCUCACUUUAACACUCGGGAUGUUUGCAAAGCUGAAGAAGAAGAUAGCAGAAGAGGCAACGACUGUUCCCCGCUCCGGGGCUGGAGGGCGCAUUCCCAGAUCUGUCAGCAAGGAGUCCAUCACUUCAGUGGGAGCAGACUCUGGAGAUGACUUUGCCUCUGAUGGGAGCAGUUCCAGAGAUGAUCUGUCAUCCCAGCUCCUCAGAAGAAAUUAUCAAAUUAGGAAACUGGAGGCGAAAUUGUCAGAUUAUGCUGAACAGCUCCGCAUCUUGCAGAAGACAAAAGAGAAGCUUGAAAUUGCAUUAGAAAAACAUCAGGAUUCUUCAAUGAGGAAACUGCAAGAACAGAAUGAAGCAUAUCAGGCCAGCCGAGCAAAGAUGUCUGAGGGAAUGGAACUGGCGUUAGAAACAAAGGAUCAGGAAUGGAAAGAAAAGUUGUCAAGUCUUGAAAAGGAGAAGAAUGCCCUCACAUUAAAGCUGGAUGAAAUGAUGGAGCAGAGCUUGAAUCUGUUCCAGAAGAGAGACGAGCUGGAUGAGCUGGAGGGCUUCCAACAGCAGGAGCUGGCUAAGGUUAAACAUAUGUUGAUAAGCAAAGAAGACAUUUUGAUGCAAAGGGAAAAGGCACUGGAGAAUCAUGUUUUAGAUUUGAAGCAGACCAGAGAGGAGCUACGACAGACAAGUGAGAAACUGGCAAGCCUGGAAGAAAACAAACAGUGCUUUGAGACUCGGAACAGAGAGCUUCAGACAGAGAGGGAGGAAUUGCUUGCUACAUGUGUGGAAGCAGAAAAAAAGAUAACCGAACUGGAAAAGAGAGGCCAGGAGCUACAGACUGUCGUUCAGCAAGUCUCAGAAGAUUUUCAGAAGGCUCAAAGUGCAGCUGCAAUGCUCGAGAAGACUUUAAGCUCCCUACAGUCGGAGCACGAGUCUCUAAAAUUACAGCACAAACAGCACAAACAAAAGAUGGCUAAUGCGGUGGAAGAGAAAGAUAAACAGAUUGCACAUCUACAAGUCAAAGUUUCUUCACUAGAGAAAAGGAUUGAUAGCAAUCUUUCAGAGGAUGAGCACUUGCAAGAGCUUCUUAAGGAGAAAUCAUCCCUGGAACAGAUGGCAGAAGAAACCAGACAGCAACUGCUAGAGACCUGCACUAGCCAUAGUGAAACUGUGUGCUUAUUAGAAACACAGAUUUCAAAACUUAACAGCAAAGUAGCAGAAGUACAGACUUUACUGAAACAUAAAGAUGACUCUGCACGAUCGUUGAGAGAAGAAAGCGAGAACCAGAUAAGUGAACUUGAACAAAGAAUACAAGAGUGUAACGAAAAAUUUAAGAAAAGUGAAGAACAAAUUAAUGACAAAGAAGCACAAAUUAAAAAGCUGUGUACUGAUUUUGAAGCCGAGAACAACAAACUUCAACAACAUAUCGCUACUGGACGCCAUCAGAAUACAGAAAGGGUUAACAGAUUGGAAGCUCAAAUAUCUGCCCUUGAGACUGCCCGCGAGUUUGAUAAAACAGCUGCUCAGCACAGGAUAAGUCAACUUGAGCAGGAAAAUAAGAAUCUGAAAGAGAUAAGAACUGAAACAGAAAAUACUUUGAAGAAACAGGAAGCUGAACUGGAACGUGCAAAGACUGAAUUACGCAGCAGAGAAACGGUUAGUGUUGAAAUUGCAAAAGCAUUAGAAGAAACUCAGAAGCAAAAGGAAGAACUUCAACAGCAGGUUAUGAAGUUAACAAUAACUCUAGAUGACAAGGAUCUGUCAGUUAUAGAAAAAACUGAGGAGUUGACCAGGAAGGAAGAGGACCUGAAACAUCUUAAACAGGAGUUCGAAGCUGCACAGUCACAGCUACAGCAACUUCAGACAGAGAUUGAGAGCAUGAGAAGGACAACGGCUGAAAAAGAAGGUGCAGCAGAGACACAACUCAACAGCCAGAGACAGGAGGUGCGAACACAGACAGAGCAGCUGGAGACCUGCCAGACACAGGUGGUGCAUCUGGAAGCAGAGGUGCAGGCCCUGAAUGAGAGGCUGAACCCCCUGGAGGAUGCUGGGAAAGAACAGAACGGGGCCAUUACUGCAGACGAUGUGUCCGAGAUUCAGAGAUUGAACCGGGAGCUGGAGCACCAGGUUUCAGAGAAGAAUAAGACAAUUAAACAACUUCAACAGAGGUUAGCAGAGCUGAAAAAGACACUCCUGAAAGAGUUGAAAAUAAAAGCGGAAGCUGAACCCCCAGAUGUCAAAGAGAGGCUGGGCCCUGAACCCCCAACCAUCGUCAGCGCUGCCACUACAGUCACAAACAACUCGGACCUCAACGACUCACGGGAAAUCAACUUCGAGUACCUGAAACACGUUGUCCUCAAAUUCAUGUCCUCUCGAGAGGCUGAGGCAUACCAGUUAAUAAAGGCUGUGUCGAUGCUACUGAACUUCACACGAGAAGAGGAGGACAUGCUCAAGCAGACAUUAGAUUAUAAGAUGUCAUGGUUUGGGUCCAAACCUUCUCCAAAAGGUAUUAUUCGUCCCUCUGUGUCAGGUGCCCCGACACACUGGAACUGAAUCAAGUUUGACACUUGGAUCUAAGAACUGAAAGUGCCCUGGAUACAGUGGUGUGGGUGUGUGUAUGCGUGUGAGAAACUACACUAGAAACCAGAGCAGAUCAACUUUCCGAGUGUUUCCAAAUCACUGUUAUUACAGUGUUUUAGUAUGAGGCUUUACUUUUUUAAUGAAACUGUUUACAUCAAAGCAUCAUAUAAUGCAAAUUAUGAGACUUUCCUCUGGGGGAAAAUGUUUUUCAUUUGGGACAGAUUGUGGUGACUGUUGGUAAUAUGUGUUUGGGUUCUGUGAAAGGUAAUGUCUCUGGGUGCAGUAAAGGGGUGAAUUACGCAUUUAAGAUUUUAAAUAAUUUUUAAUUGCUGUGAUUUAAAUAAUGGAGAAUCAAACAAAUACUGAGCAUCUUUUUUCUUUUACAGAAGUGAUUGUAUGUUUUUGAUUGUUGGGACAGAUUUUAUAGUUGCAUCGUCUCCAUUCAAAGCAUCCUUUUUAAAAAUGAGAAAAAUAGGAAAAUAUUUCAGUGAAACCCCAGCUGUAUAGUUAAUGUAUACACUGAUACACUAUAGAUCUCAUCCCUCCAGUGUGCUGCACAGCUUGAUUUAUAAUUCACUACAUAUUGAUGUCCCCCAAAUAGGUGCAUGGCAUUUAGGAUGUAUGGAAGAAAUGAAUCAUAACUUCUUUUAGUUUUAUCUGACCAAUUAGAUUACCUUCUGGAUUGAGGACAUAUCUCAGUUGUAGCCUUAUUGGAGAAGUUAACCCUCCUUCGUAUUCGAUUAUCGAAUAGGCAUUUAUCAACGCUAAUCGAUGCUUUGACGUUUUAUUUUUCGAAAUAAAGAACAAACAUUCGUUUUUAACAGAAGAUCCAAUAACUAAAAACAGUUGUGCAUAAUAGUUAAACAAAAAGGCACAACUUGCAUUCAAAUUUGAACACGUAUUAAAAAAAAGAAAUACAAAGGACUUGAGUUUUUAACAACUGAAAAGAAUAUGCAUGUGUCUGCAUCAUAUGCCCCUUUAACAUUUUAAUAAUAAUAAAAAAUACUAUAUUUUAGCUGAAGUCAUUUUGAUCUGAACUAUGGUUGUUCAUUACUGUUACGUGAAUAGAAUAUGCCUACUUUUGAUUUGGCUUGUCCAAUGCGAAUGUAAAGGCUUAAAGUGUGUAUCCUAGCAACGUGCUAAUCUACUAUACUAGCACUGAAAGAAGCACACUCUCACACACUCAGUUUCAAUGCAAACCAGCAACAGGAGACUUCAAACUGGGUUCUAAUUUGAUGCAUCGAUUCACCCAAAUGUAAUCAAAGCUUGGGAAUUAAGAUGAUCAAUAAUCGAUGCAUCGAUUAAGUGUUAUAUAUAAAGGAUUUACAUGCAAUGCACACUAGAAUAUUACAGAUAAACAAACAACACUUUAAAGGUGCACAACAUAGAUACAAAAAAGUAUUUAUUUUAGCUGUGAAGGACUCAUCUGUCCAAACGUCACAUUGUGUAUUCAGUUUGGUGGCCACUGGUUUGACUUGAAGUUUGGUUUAUUUAGUACUGUGCAACAUGCAAGUUGACAUCUAGAAAUCCAGUAAGUGGAUAAGUACGUUUUUAUAUUGCUUGAGGAAUGUGAGAGGGAGAGGCCCCACUGACUGCCUGCACCACUCCCAGCUUAUUAAAGCGGUACUGACCAUUGGGCUGGGUUUAUCAAGGUCAAGGCACCAAAAGGUCAUUUGCAAUUUUUUUUUUUAAACUAUUCAUCUUACACAAUACUGGUAUCAAGCCACUAGUAUCUUUUGUUAUUAGUUUUUUUUUUUUUUUUUAAAAGAAUAAACAGUUUUUUUUUUUUCAGACAAUAUUGUUCAAAUUGCACUUUUGAUAAAUCUUUCCAUACAUGUGUUUUGUUUCUGUUUUAGUUCCUGUUAUUUCCUUGUCAUUUUUGUAGUUUUGUUUUCAAAUGAAACCAUGUUCAUAUAUUAAGAUAACACACACCUGCUUGUACAGUAUUCAUUUUGUAACUGCUGCACAACCUGUAAUGUGUUACUGCACUUACAAAACCAGCAAUUAAAAAACUCAACAUUCAGGAUUCUCUCUGAUUACAAAAUUAGAUUGGAACUGUGCGGUAUUGUAAAAAUUCCUGCACAAUCAUGUGAUCACUAAGAACCAAUCAGAGCCCUUAGUUUUCUGACAUUUUAUAGUAUUACCCCACAAAGAUAUUGAUUUGACUGGAAUUACUAAGCAUAGUUCGUACUGGCGUAUGUGCAUACGGCUAUUGAAACUGAACAUGCUGAGAAAUCAAUGAAUGACACCUUGUAUCCCAGUGAAAUAUGGAUCUCUGCUGUGCAUUGCAACACACAUCAACAGGACAGCACAAACAGCAAGGUUAAACAAACCAAAAUGAAAAACAACACAUUCUGCAAUGCUUACAUGAUCUGUUUCAAUGUAGCAUGCUUUUUGUAGAGGUGAACUGCUACCUCCGUCAUAGUGAAUAGUAUUUUAUAAUGUGAAAACAUACACCAUUUUAAAAUAAGGUUUUACCUGAAGAUUUUGAGAUGAGGUUGUUUUUAAAAUAUAAAAUAAUAAUAAAUAAAUAAUACUAAUCUGGGAAGCUACAACAUGUCUUCCUGCCUUGCAUUUAUGUAAAAUACAUUCCAUAUGAAUAUUUAUAUACAAACACUAUACAUAUAAUACAUUUAUAAAACACUGGAUGUGUAUUACUUUGGUUCAAGCACUUGCAGUAUUUACUUUAUAUUAGUAUUUAACCUCCCCUACAUAUAACAGGAGAAUUCAACUCGCACUAACCAUAUACAGCAAAUGUAUUUAUACAAGUGGUUGUAUAUUUCAGCUAAGUUCACACACACACACACACACACACAUUUUUGUACUCUGCUCAUGUCCACUGAGGAGGCCAGUGUAUGACUCAGUCUCGUAGACUGCUUAAUUGUAUUAUUCCAAAAUAUCAGUCCCCCUUGAAUUAGAAUAUUGUGGGAUGGCUCUGACUGUCUCAUGUAGAUACUGAGACUUCUCAGUAUGGAACUGAACUAGCUGCCAACUGGUUGUUCCUACUGGUUACGAGCAUAUAACUAUAACUUAUUUCAAUGUUUAAUUUAGUGUGGCCUGAAUUCUUUGUUGUAUUUGGUUAUGUUUAAGCAAGAGCAGUGUGUUUAGAGAGAUGGAUGACUCAAUGCACUUCGACAUGUAUAAUAUUAGCUGCUGUGGAGACACCUAUGUAAAUGCAUUAACUCACACUUCCUACCUUUUUUUUCCCUAUUUGGUGUUGUGAAGCUUGACAGGAAUAAUGUAAAAAACUAAGAUUAACCAGAAAGAUGUUUUGCUUGGGAAUAAUUUGUAGGUGCUCUACAUUCUUUUUUUCCAUUAAACUCACACAGAAUCUG